AUGAAGGAAAAAUAUGUGGGCAAUGUCAAUAUCUCUCGUAUUUUAAGCCAGCCAGCUAAGAGCUCUUCAAAGCAGUCCACAACCAAACCUCUUUAUAAAGGCCCGACCAAACAAUCUAAAAGUGCCUCCAAAAAAUCUAUUGCCUCUCCCAAAUCACUAACUAAUGACCUCAACUUGAAAUACAAUCCGAAACACAGUCUAUCCCAAAAAAUAAUCAAGCCAGACCAACGAGUUCAGAGCUACACAGCAAAUCUAUUUUCUAAUGCCAGAUUCAAACUUGACUGGAGUAUUUAUGAGUUCAAGAACCUUCCGCAUAACCGUCAAGCUGAAGAGUUUGACGCUGAACAAGACGUGGAAGAAGCAAGUAAACCCCAGAAAAAAAUUACUCCGAUCUAUGAUCCCAGGGACUACAAGGAUCUACCAGAGGUCCUAUUUUUAGGACGUUGUAAUGUGGGCAAGUCUUCGCUUAUCAACUCGUUGAUAGAUAAACCACUGGCAAGAGUGAAAAGAUUUGCUGGUCUUACCCCAUGUCUUAAUACGUAUAACAUAGGAAACGUGGUGCGUUUAGUUGACUCGCCAGGCUACGGCGUGAAGGGAAAACAGUGGCAAGGCGAACUUACGAUGCAGUAUAUCCGUGAAAGACAGCAAUUAAGAAAAAUCUAUCUAAUAUUGAAUGCUCAUCUUGGAAUUAAUGAGUUUGAUGAAAUGAUAUUAAGUCAACUGGUGGAGAGCAAAAUCAGUUUUGAUUUGGUGUUCAAUAAAGUUGACAAAAUUUCUCCAGCUCAAAGGCGAACUCAUUGUGAUCAGAUAGUUGAACAACUAUUGAAAACUUCCCAAAUCUCAAAAUUGAUGAGGCCAACUUUGCAUUUCGUCAGUUGUAAUGACGAUAACACUCGGACCCUCAGUGGAAUCUCCGACCUCCAGUUGAACAUCGUGCUAAGUAGUGGUAUUUCCGGUCGAUUUACUCGUUAA